AGGAGGAGCUAACUUACCCAUUACUAUUUUAAUGUUUUUCUGAAUUAAAGACCAUUAUAUAGGCUAGUUAACUACUUGACUAGAUUAAACACAUUAACAUAUUAAACGAAUAUUUUAAUAUUAGUUCUCUACUGUUAAAUGAAAGGAUCUAAUCGCUCGCCGGCGCGCGCACUGAGGCGUGGCUUGGUAGACAGUGCAGCACGCUGCAGUCUUUAUCACAAAAACAUGGAGAGGUCUGUGUUCAGUUAGCAUCCGACUGAUGCCGACUUCCUACAGCCUGGCUGUGAAUACCUGAUUUUACGCAUAAGGUGUUUCUGUUCGAACCUCAGCAGCAGCCAUGGACUCUAUUCAAGUGACGCUUACUGUUAGGGGAACUACAUCGUUUGGUGAAGUGAUAGCAGUAGUUGGAAGCUGUGAGACUCUGGGCUGUUGGUGUUAUCAGAAAGCACUGCCUCUACAACACACAGAGGAGGAUGGCAAUCUUUGGAAAAAGACCAUCACAGUUCCAAAGGGAGUAGAAAUCAAGUAUCGCUAUUUUAAGGGGUUCUUCCUAGAAUCAAAGAUGUCAACCAACUGUGGCUGGGUGGCUGAGAAAGUGAAUGCAGGUGGUCCAUGUCAAGUCAUAGUCAAUAAUUGGGAGACCCAUCAGCUGCCUCGUUCAUUGAGUUCCUCAGAAUCGGACAGUGAACAUGACGAUGGCCAGUUCGGAUUCUAUAAUGGUGUUGAAUGUGUAGACUCUGGAUGGUUGACAUGUCAGACAGAAAUCCGUCUACGUCUCCAUUACUCUGUUAAGCCACCAGUGUCCAUUACUAAGAAGAAAUACAAGACAUCUCGCUUCAGAUUAAAAUUGAUGCUGGAAGGUAUUGAAGAGGAGGAGGAUGAGGAGAGCCCUUCAUCCUGGCACAAGAUGACUACCACACUAGAGAUUGGUAUGAUCAGUGAUGGUGGCUACAAAUCUCGUCACUCCCAGCCUGAAUGUGGCUACGCCCUGGAGCCAGCAAAGUGGACUGAGUACAGUAUUCACACUAUGGAACCUGAUAACCUGGAGCUUGUGUUCGAGUUCUUUGAGGAGGACCUAAGUGAAAAAGUCGUUCAGGGUGAUGUCCACCCAGGACACGUUGGCACCGCUUGCCUCUUAUCUUCUUCCUUUCUGGAAAGCGGCAAAGAUAUUGGAGUGGUUACCCUCCCAAUCAUGAGUAGAAGUUCUAGGCAGACUAUUGGCAAAGUCAGAGUGGACUACCUGGUUAUUCGGCCCAUCGCAGACUUUAAGUGUGACAUGAGCCACUGCUACACUAAGUACUGGCGGAAGAGGAGUGCUCUGGAUGUGGGCCACAGAGGAGCAGGGAGCACACAUGCUGCCAAACAUCACAAGAUCAGGGAAAACACAAUUGCCUCAUUUCUAAGUGCUGCUAAUCAUGGUGCUGCCUACGUGGAGUUUGAUGUGCAUCUGUCCAAGGACUUGGUUCCAAUUGUGUACCAUGAUCUUACAUGCUGUAUCUCCACUAAGAAGAAAAAUGACAAAAAUUCCAUGGUGUUGUUUGAAGUACCUGUGAAAGAUCUAACCUUUGACCAGCUUCAGCUUCUUAAACUUGCCCACUCUACAGCUAUGAAGGCGCAUGAUCACAAAGAUUUACAGGAUGAGGAGGAAUAUAUAGAUGAACACCAGCCAUUUCCUUCACUUUCUCAGAUUUUCCAGACUGUUCCAGAAAAUGUAGGAUUUAAUAUUGAGCUGAAGUGGAUAUCCCAGAUGAAGGAUGGCUCCUGGGAUGGAAACUUGUCCACUUACUUCAACAUGAACCAGUUCCUGGAUAUCAUCCUCACCUGUGUGCUCCAGAAUGCUGGAAAGAGAAGAAUUGUCUUCUCUUGUUUCGACCCUGAUGUGUGUGCAAUGGUGCGCCGGAAGCAGAACAAGUAUCCCAUCCUGUUUCUGACACAGGGUGUGUCAGAGGUCUACCCUCAGUUAAUGGAUAUUCGCUGUCAGACCACACAGAUUGCUAUGAGCUUUGCUCAGAGUGAGAACAUACUGGGUAUCAGUGCUCACACUGAGGAUCUGCUGCGCAACAUGGACUGUAUUACAGAGGCCCAGUCUAAAGGCCUGGUGGUCUUUUGCUGGGGAGAUGACAACAAUAACCAUGAGAACAGGAGGAUACUCAGGGAGAAAGGCAUUGAUGGCCUCAUUUAUGACAGAAUCUGUGAUGACCAGAGUGAGCAGCCCAACAUCUUUAAAGUAGAAGAAAAAGUGUCUAUAAAAGAGGUGAUUCCUGAGGAGACGCUGAAGAGCUGUGCCUGCUCCACGUAUAGUAUUUCCUGCUCAGCUGUGUCGUGCUCAGGUGAGGUUCGAGCCGGUAGCGGCGAGUCAGACUCGGGCCUCAGCUAAUCUUGAACUCCCCAGUCUCUAGCCUUUUAUAGCAAAGUAAACAUCACACACACAUGGACUUUCUCCUUGGGUGGUUUUCACCUACACAAUGUUUUUGCCAAAUGAUGACUGAUUUAAAUGGUAUAUACGUGAUCACUAGAUAAAAAUGUAAUGAUAUUAAAGAAAAGUAUACUUCAAGCCUCCUCAUGGGCAUUCCUGAUGUAUUCAAUGUGUUGUAAAUGUUAAUACUUUUAUAUUUUAUAUACAUACAUAUAUACAUAUAUGUGUAUAUAUAAACAUGUAUGUAUGUUUACGUGUUUGUGUGUGUAUGUGUGUAUAUAUAUAUAUAUAUAUAUAUAUAUAUAUAUAUAUAUAUAUAUAUAUAUAUAUAUAUACAUAUAUAUACACAUACACUCAUGGUAGCAUCAAGCAUCGUUCUACAAUUUUUUUAUGAUCUCUGUAAUGGUUACAUAGUUAGUGGUUUCAUUCUCAUUAAGCUAUUCCAUUCCUCACUAUACUUUAAAUAUUAAACAUUGUUUACUGGAACAUGUAUGUAUUUCAACACCAUCAAAUCAUAACCUGCAGAGUGUCGCUUUUUAAUCUCGUAAAGUUUACUAAAACUCUGUCUUUUAUCAUAUUGAAGACUUUGUUUUAUUAAACUACAUUAUUAUGUGCUAAAUAUAUAGCAUAAUACAUUGAAUAAACCUAAUCAGACAUUUGUGAUCAGAAAAGUACCUAAGUAAAAAUCUAUAUUGAAGAAUGCUGAAGAUAUUAAUGCACAAAACAUGUAAAUGGCCUGAUGUAAAGUAACCUUAUGUUUAAGAGUCACUUAAACUAAAAGUAAACAUUGUGCUGCACUACAGUUUGAAGUAUUUGAUAAAGCGCUGUGUACUGUGAUUCGUAUACACCUGAACACUGCUGCUGUAAAUUUCUGUCUGCUGAAUGUUAGCAUGGAUGUGUCUCUCUGUUGAAAGUGUUCUGUUCAAGUAGGGACCUUAAUACUUCUCCCACUUUGCAUGGCGAUGGGGCUGUGCUCCAUGUGCUCCACUGAGCAAACCACUGAGCUCACUCGGAUGAAUGCAUUGGAUAAUUCAUUUCGUGGCCCAGAAGCUUUGAAAUUAAUACAGAAACAACUGAAAAUAAAGUUAUUUAAGUAAACUGA